AUGACCGCCCCAGAUCUGCCCUCCAUCAACGAGAGCAAAGUCGAUGUUUUGGUCGUCGGAGCCGGCCCGGCAGGGUACAUGGCCACGUUAUGGUUCGCCCGCAUGGGAAUCAAGACAAAGUUCAUCGAUAAGCGGUCAACCAAGAUAUUCACCGGUCAAGCAGACGGACUGCAGCCACGCGUGCUAGAGGUCUUUGAGACAUUCGGCUUCGCGGACCGGGCAGCCAAAGAAGUAGCCACUGGCUUCGAGGCCACCUACUACGAACCCGGCGAGGACGGCCGGAUCCGACGGGUUGACGUGAAGCCCGAAGGCGUACCAGGAAUCUCGCGGUUCAACGGCUCCGUCGUCCAUCAGGGACGCAUCGAGGCGUGGAUCUCGGACGCCAUCGACGAGUUCUCCAAGGGCGAGAUCAAGGUCGAUCGGCCGGUCAUUCCCGAGGUCCUCGACAUCAACGACGGCGUCGACGCAGAGUAUCCCGUGCGGGUGGUGCUAAGGAAACUGCCAGACGACAACGCCGAACCCAACCAGUUCGGCCACAAGGUGGAGAACGGACUGUACCGGCAGUUCGACGGCGACCAGAACCAACAGAACGGCAUCGAUAGCGCGCACGUGGAUGACCUCGAGGUCGUGCGGGCCAAGUAUGUCAUCGGCUGCGACGGAGCGCACUCGUGGGUUCGCAAGCAGCUGGACAUCGAGCACAAGGGCGAGACCACAGACUUCGUGUGGGGAGUGCUGGACAUCCUCCCCAUAACGGACCUCCCGGACAUCCGGAAGCGGGUCUCCAUCCACUCUGUAAAUGACGGAUCCAUCAUGGUGAUUCCCCGCGAGAAAGGCCUGGUCCGACUGUACAUCCAGCUACGCGAGGUCGACCACGAGGAGGCAGUAGGCGACAACGCCCUUCCUAAUGGGGCCAAGAAGCGCGUCGAUCGCAGCAAAAUCACAGCGGACCGCAUCCUCCAGACAGCCCAGAAGAUCUUCAAGCCCUACACCCUCGAAGCGGCCGAGACGCACUGGUUCACGGCCUACCAGAUCGGCCAGCGCGUGGCGACGUCCUUCUCGGACCCGUCCCAGCGCGUCUUCAUCGCCGGCGACGCCUGCCACACGCACUCCCCCAAGGCCGGACAGGGCAUGAACGUCUCCAUGAUGGACACCUUCAAUCUCGCCUGGAAGAUCGCGUACGUAGUCAAGGGCCUCGCCUCCCCCUCCAUCCUUGACACCUACGAGACGGAGCGGAAAGCCGUAGCCGACGACCUCAUCGCCUUCGACCAGCGCCUCUCGCGGCUUUACUCCUCCAAGCCGGGGGAGAUCUCGAUGCAGGAAUUCCGCAGUGUCGUCGAGCAAGGGUCCGCCUUCACGACUGGCUGCACGGUCAACUACGACGCCUCCAUCCUAAUCGACAAGCCGGCCGACAAGUCGCGGGAGGAGGAGUACCAUUCCCCGCUAGCGCCCAAGCUCAACAUCGGCAUGCGCUUCCCCGACGCCAAACUGGUGAUGCAGUGCGACGCUCGGCCCUGGUUCAUCAACCAGCAGCUCCCCUCGACGGGGCAGUUCCGCCUCCUCGUCUUCAUCGGCGACUACGCGCAGAAGCCCGCGCUGAGGGAGCAGCUGAACGGUAUCGGGCAGUAUCUGGCCAGGCCUGAGAACACGGUGCCCGAGUCAGUGCUGCAGAAGUUGCUCAUCCACGCCAGCCCCCAGGCCAAGGUUGAGUGGGACGAUUUCCCGCUCGUGUUCCGCCCGCGCGACGAGAGGGGAAUCAUGAAUUACUGGUUGAUCUGGGCUGAUACGCCGAGUCUGCAUGCUGAGACGGGCCAUGGUUACGAGACGUACGGGAUAAGCAAGGAUGUGGGCGCGGCGGUGCUGUUGAGGCCGGAUGGGUAUGUGGCCAAGGUGACGGAGCCGACUGUGGACGGGAUGAAUGAUAUUUUUGGGUUUUUGUCGAGGUUUUUGGUUGGGUUGAAGCCGUCUGCUUGA